AUGUCGGGCGAGACGGCGACAGUACCCAACGCAGUGAAGUUUGCAUUCGGUGGAACUGCUGGAAUGGGAGCCACGCUCGUUGUUCAACCCCUGGACUUGGUGAAAAAUCGAAUGCAACUCUCCGGAACCACCGGUAAAAAGGAGUACCGUUCCAGCAUGCACGCAUUGACUUCCAUCAUCAAAAACGAGGGAUUUUUUGCAAUUUACAACGGUCUAUCGGCUGGUCUUCUCCGGCAGGCAACUUACACCACAACUCGCCUGGGAACAUAUUCGUUCUUGAUGGAGAAGUUCACUGAAAAAGACAAGCCUCUCUCUUUCGCCAUGAAAGCUGGUCUUGGAAUGGCCGCCGGAGGAAUCGGAUCGUUUGUUGGAACACCAGCAGAGCUCGCACUGAUCCGAAUGACAGGAGAUGGAAGAUUGCCACAAGAGCAAAGACGUAACUACAAAGGGGUGGUCAACGCUCUCACCCGGAUCACCAAGGAGGAAGGAGUCCUAACACUGUGGAGAGGAUGCACACCUACCGUUAUUCGAGCGAUGGUAGUCAAUGCCGCUCAGCUUGCUACAUAUUCACAAGCAAAACAAGCACUUCUGGAAUCUGGAAAAGUUCAGGACGGUGUCUUCUGUCACUUCUUGGCUUCUAUGAUCUCUGGAUUAGCUACUACCAUUGCUUCGAUGCCAGUUGACAUCGCCAAGACCAGAAUUCAGUCAAUGAAGGUUAUCGAUGGAAAGCCAGAGUACAAGAACGCUUUCGAUGUGUGGGGCAAGGUUAUCAAAAACGAGGGAGUCUUCGCACUGUGGAAAGGAUUCACACCGUACUACAUGCGUCUCGGACCACACACCGUGCUCACCUUCAUCAUUCUCGAACAGAUGAACGCAGCCUAUUAUAAAUAUGUAUUGAAACAAGAAGUCACCAGUGCCUUGUAG